UCAAUAUCGGGGGUAUAGGUGCCUUAAAUGAAUUGAUUAAUACAUCAAAGUUGAUAAAUAAACUACCUGCAAUAAUGGCACUUGGUUAUAUUGCUGGGCAUUCCGAUCAGUUUGCUGCAGCUGUAAUUGGAUCAAUGAGUGUUAUUCAAUUGGGUACUAUCUUAGAAAAUGAAACUGAUGAUCAUAUACUUGCUGUAAUUUCUUGGACAUUAGGUCAAAUAGGAAAACAUACACCAGAACAUGCAAAAUCAGUAGCUGAUGCAAAUGUUCUUUCAAAAUUAUUAGAAGUAUGUAAGUUCUUAAAAAAAUUAUAUUUAUGAUUACAAUGGUAUAUCUGUUCUAUUUCUUUUUUUUUUUUAUUUGAUUAACAGCUCUAUAUCAAUCCAACGAGUUCAAACGAUUUAAAAACAAAGUGUUAUACAUCAUUA